CUUGGCCUUCUCCACAUCCUGAUGCACCUGAGAAUACAUCUGCAGGAAUCUGAAGGAGUCCUUCUCCUUCUGGGCUGCUUGCAUGCUGCUCUUGCUGGUUUUGAUAGACACCAUACGGGCAGAGACUGAACUCUGGACACUGGUCAGAGCAAUGUCACGCAGGUGACAUUACCACAGAAGAGAAAGAUGAGGCAGACAGCUGAUGGGCUCAGACAAAAGACAAAUGCCACUCCUGGAGGGACUUUAUCAGAAAUGAACAUCGACCCAGAGGCUUUAAGUCUGAACCAGAACAGUAUACUGUGUCUCCCCCUGGUGUCUGACAGUAAGAGGCUUAUCUGGGUCCACUCUAAUGAGGUCAACCUGCAGCUGGAUGGUGCAGGAGAGCUGGACAAGGCCUUCGAUAGGUUCCCAUACCUAACGCAGAAACAGACGGAUGCACUGGCACAGCGCUGCUCCCUGCACCCAGACCAUGUGAAGGUGUGGUUCAUGGUACAGCGGCUCCGCUACGGCAUCAGCUGGGACUAUAAAGAUAUCAACAAGGUUCGGAGGACGUUAAAGUCAAGUCAGAGAAAGGAAGCGCUGCAAAGGGAUAGAGGAGACGUUAGGGAGCAACAGAGUGCGAGCAAGGGAAGGAUGAUGGAAAAAAAUGUGAGGGCUAAUGAGCGUUGGGAGAGAAAAAUGAAGCAGGAGCAGCCAACGAAGAAAGAGAAGGACAGAAAAGUAGAAGAACUAGAGGAAGACAAGAGGAAUACUCAGAAAAAGCGGAAAAGGGUGAAAGUGGGCGACAAGAAGCGAAAGAAGAGAGCAGGACAAGUAGAAAUAACAGGUGAUGAAGUUGAGAGGGAGCCCACCAAAAUCCAGUUCCCACAGUCGGAGACAACGCUUCUCACCGGAAAGAAAAAGAAGGCAAAAGCAAGCAAAAGAUUACUGUCUGUCCAAGAGUGGCCGGCCCACAAGAGCUUUGUGGUGCCUGAUGAGGGGCUGGACGUGCGUUCUCCACUCACGCCCCUGUCUCUAACUCCUGCCUUUGGUCUGCCUCCACUCACUGACAACCAGAUGCCCAGUAUUCACAUGACCCCUCUGAAAAGCGGCUUUGAGGGGAAAACAGAAAUGGAGGCUAAGCUGGAUGGAGAACUGUGGGCAGAGUCAGUAAACCACAGUGGUACCGUCACUGAUGUUGGCCUACUGAAGGAGCUCAUAGAAGAGACCAAUAGCCCUGCUUCUGCAGACGGCACUCGGCCCCGCACGAAGACGCAGUCCCAGUUGGACAUGAUGAGGUUGGCGUUCUUGCACUGCCAGUAUCCGGACAGCGAUGACUACAACCUACUGGUGAAUCUGAUUGGCGUCCCCCGCUACGAGUUGGUUCAGUGGUUCGGUGACAUGCGCUAUUACCUCAAGAAAGUGAAGCCGGGCUGGAUGAAUCGGGAGCAGCACAGCCAGGCGCUGGCCAACAUCAAGUACCGGCAGUGCCUGAGCACGCUGGUAAAGGCCCAGCCCAGCGAGGGCGGCAGAAAAGCCACCUGCAAGGUGAAGCCUGACAGGAGUGAGAGCUGCGGCGAGGAUGAGAGCGUGUAGGCGCCUCCAGAGUGGAAAUGUUGCCACUCUGUGUAGCUAAUAUUCCACCAGGGGGGGAUCGAAGAUUGAUCAUAUCUCAAUGUUUGGAGAGAUUCAUCAAAAACGUGGUUUAUGAGGGUGGAACUGUUUGUUAUGUUGGACUUCAAGACAGCUUCUAUUACACAGAUGUUUGAUAAAAGGUAGUGUAUUGUUGUUAUACUCACUUAACAUGUUUGUUAACGUGUAAGUUUCUUGUUUGUGCUGUGAAGAUGUUUUUUUUAUUGACAUUCAAGUUAACACUGUUAUUGCUUUUUGUUCGAACAUGACUGAUUAGUUACAACAAUGGCGUUCAUAAACUACAAAAUGGAUGUUCUCAGUUACGUAAUAUUUCUUUUUUUCAAGAAAGUUCACCUGCCAGCCCGUAAUCCACACCAAAAUUAACAAAAAUAAAGUACAAUUCUAGGAUAUUAUGGAAAAUAUAUUGCACAAGAAAUAGAAAACUACAUUAAUAGCUAUGACAUUCAUUCUCUUGUUAUCCAGCUACAUCACUAAGUGUCCUCUGUUGUUAAUAAAGACCGUUUCUGACACUUAA